AUGGCAGCCUCACAGGGAAAGUCUGAUCCAAUCAACUUUGUGGCAAAAGACAACAUCUGGAAAGCACAUGUGAAGGUGGAGAGGGACUCGUCUAAAGCCUGGAUAGACAAGUGGGGCUUCCUGACUGACGUCUACCAAGAGCAACAGAGGGAGAGUGUGAAGCUGAAGGAACCUGAACUUCCUCCUCACCUGAAGAUACGACCUCCGACCCCCCCAGAGAAAUACAUCCAGGUGAGCCCCUCCCCUGUGGUUCCACAGACAACUCAGGGCCUGAUUGGCUGGCGCUCCUCUCAGCCUCACCUGCAGCUGCCAACCUAUGGCAUGGUGCAUCAUGGGAGACGUAGUUUUCUGCGGGAGCUGGGCUGGACUCUCGACGCCCUCCACUGA